UACGUAUACAGAAAUCAGGGUUGCUUUUCGAUGCCGACGAUACUAACACUAACAAAAACCACAGCUAGGGAGAAAGUGCUUGAGUCGUUUCGGAAAAUACAAUUCCGCCAUAUUUACCGGCAACAAACGAAAACAAUUGCAAUUGUAAACAAAUAUUUGGCGCCCUAUAUUUUGCACCGAAGUGCAAUGAGCUAGUACUAAACGCUAGGCAAACGCAUUACAAUUAGACAGACAGAGUCUGUUCCGCCCCCACGCACCGAUGACAAUAGCAAAGCAGCGAAGAAAAGUGUGAAAGAGGAGAGAGAAGUGGUGUGAGGCAAGCUGAGACGCAAUUGGAGCGGACGCUGUAUACACACAUACACGCACACACACGCAGAAACAACACAAUCGCACUCGUACAUAACUACAAGCAGCAGACUAUACAGUUGGAGUGAGGGGCAACGAUGACCAGUCAUCAGCAAAGCGGCAACUUUCAGUCGCGAGCAGCGCCAAUUGUCAAGAACUUAUCGCUGGCCGCUGCUGCGGUGCCGCUCCCUCUGCCGCUUUCAUUACCCAUUUCACUGGCGGCCGCCUCGAAUCCCAGCACAGCGUACUUCACCACAGCAACCAUUGUGGAGCCCGUGCAUCCAUACAGUAGUGAGCUUGAUGGCAGCGCCACUGCCGGCGAGAAUGAAAGCUAUCUGAUCGAGGAGAUCAUCGAUGACUAUGAUGAUGAGACUAAUAUAGUGGUUGACACAGGCGAGUUUUUUAUAUCCGGUGAUGUGUACGAGUACUAUCCAGUGGAUCGCAUGGACAGGCUGAGCAGCUCGGUAGGCAUGGCCACGGCAGAUGCACUGCCACCGCCCAUUAUAAUGCAGCAGCAGGAAUUUGAUGAAGAGCAAGACGAGGAAGACGACGAGGAGGAGCAAGCCAUGCUGCAACGCGAUGCCAACGCUUUUGACAUUGCCUCGGAGAUGCUAACCAGCAUGGAAGAUACCACCAUCAAGCAGGAGCAGCUGGAAAGCGAUUACUAUAUGCAAUCCGCCGAGGAUUCCAACAGUUGCCAGCCAUGUUUUAACAACAAUAACAACAACAACAACAGCAGUAACAACGGAGGCGGCAACACGGCAAAGCGCUGGAAACAGACCAAAGUGCCCAUCCGUAUUACUCAGGAUCAGUACAAUGUAACGCUGUGGUCAUCACUUAACUCGGAAGAUGAAUAUGAGGAUGAUUAUGAGGACGAACAGCAGCCGCCAGAAACGAAACUCAUCAUUGACGAUGUGCUUAGUGAUGGCAUCGGUAAUGAGUAUGUUAUACUGCCGGAUCCAUUUAGCGCUGCCGCUGUGACUGAUGUGGAGGAGGUAGUGAAUGCAUUUAUGGGCGGACCAGGAGAGCGUCAGCAGAGCCAGCAUCAAGAACAGCUAAAUGAGCAGACGUAUGAUGAGGAGGAGGAGGCGGGCAGCCAAUCGUUGCUGGAAGAGGCCUAUGGAAGCAUUGAGCUCAUAGAAAACAUGCCACAGCCGACGCAGCUGCUGGCUCCCGCCACAGCAACAACGGCGUCAACAACAGCAACAACAACGUCAGUAACAGCCAAGACGCUGCCCAAGCUUGUGUUACAAAACAGCAGCAAUAAUGUGCGCCUGAAAACCAACAACAACAACAACCACAGCAAGGUUGGCAAGCGUGUCAGUCAAGCCGCGGCCACGAUCGCUGCUUCCUUGCCCAUAAUGCCAACGCCGACAGCUACAUCUGUGCCGGAGUCGUCGGAAUCGUCUUCGGAAGCUCCCAAAUUUCGUUGCACGCAUCGUGGCUGCCACAAGGAGUUCCGCAAUCACUCGGCUAUGCGCAAACACAUGCACACCCAUGGACCGCGUGGUCAUGUCUGCGAGGUGUGUGGUAAGAGUUUCGUCGAGAGCUCCAAGCUAAAGCGCCAUCAGUUGGUGCAUACGGGCGAGAAGCCAUAUGAGUGCACAUUUGAGGGCUGCGGGAAACGUUUUUCCCUUGAUUUUAACUUGCGCACACAUGUACGCAUCCAUACAGGCGAUCGACCAUACCACUGCCCCAUUGAUGGCUGCUCCAAAUGCUUUGCCCAGUCUACUAAUCUCAAGUCGCAUAUGCUGACGCACACAAAGCCCAAGCGCAAAUGGCCCAGGGCGCCACAGGUCAAUCAUAAAACCUCGCUUCUGGCGCGAUAUGGCCGCUUGGAAUUUGGCGAAGAUCCUAGACUGGUGUAUGUGGAUCCCACGUCUGAGCUGGCGUCUGUACUGCUGGGCAGCAACACCAGCACAACAACCGCGUCCUAACAAAGUGCAGUUCAAAUGGCAUGCGGAACGGAAUGGAAUGAAACAAUUGCUGUACAGUUAGUUGUAAACAUAUGCCUUGAGGAGCGAUGCAAUGGGCCGAUAGUGCACCUGGUGCCACGCCAAUGCCCACUCCUAGGCACCCCCACAACAAAGUAGCUGCUAAGAUUUUAUAUUUACAUUUAAUGAACUGCUGUUGAAGCAAAGUUUGAACUCUUUAAGUCCAAAGUAUGUUUCUUACAACCUACGCUCUCACACAUACACACACACACACAAUAUCAUUCUCCACUCUCAUCAAGUAACUCUCACAUUUUCAUGCAGCCGUCGUCGCUCGAAUAACAUAAGGGCCGCUUACAUUUUUCUAAAAUAGCUCGUCAUGGAAACCAAUCAAUUACUAUUUAAUAGAACUAGGCAUACAACAACAACAAUUAAUUAUUAAUUAACAAUAGGCUAUAUUUUUAUAAUGAAAUUCUAGCAUAUAGUGCAUUGAAG